AUGUAGCUUAAAAAUUUUAUCAGCAAAAGGUACUUUUCUAAAUACCCACAAAAAGGAAGUUCAGAAGGGCAAGGAGUUAGGCAAAGUGGAUUAAUGAUAGAGAAUUAGUUGAAAAAGGUUAUUAUUGAUGAAAUAAGAACAAAGGGAGUUCCAAUGAGUUUGUCAAGGUUUAUGACUCUUGGUUUAUUGCACCCAGAACAUGGGUACUAUUCUACUAAAGAUAAGAUUUUUAAUAAGGGUGGUGAUUUUACAACUUCCCCAGAGAUUUCAUAGAUGUUCGGUGAAAUGAUCGGCCUUUGGUUGAUGACUGCCAUUAAGAAUUAUUAAGAAGGACCUGACUCAUAAGAAAUUUAGAGUGUUGACAUAAUGCAGUAAAAAGAGCUAUAAACUAUCAAUAUAAUUGAGAUAGGUCCAGGUAGUGGGAUCAUGAUGAGCGACAUUAUCAGGACUAUGUCUUAAUUUACUGGAAACUUGAAGAAUGUUCAAAUUAAUAUGAUAGAAGCAAGUAGCAAUCUCAUUAAUAAGCAGCAAGAAUUAUUGUUAAAGUAACUUAAAGAUUAGUAAAAGAUGUUCUUGACCUAUGAUCUUGAACUGCAUAAGAUUUCAAAGGAAAGUGAAAUGCCGAUUGAGAGAUUUUUUAAUAAGGACUAGAACUUUAGUAUAGCUUGGUAUCCAACCCUUAAAAACUAUCAUAGAAUGUAUUUAGAAAAAUAAAUUAGUAGAAUCAAGGAAGUAUAAGAAUGGAUGUAGAAAUUAUAUCCUCAUGAAGAGUAAUCCUAAAGAAAAACUAGUUUGAAGAUCCAGGAAGAAUAAAUGCUAAACCCGUGUUUCAUCCUUGCUCAUGAGCUUUAUGAUGCACUGCCAAUAUAUCAGUUUUAAUAUACAGAGGAAAGAAAAUGGAGAGAGAGGGUUAUAUCAUUCAACUAGCAGCUUAAUAAACUAACAUUCGGAGUAGAACCUAGCCCGAUUACAGAGUUCGAGAGAUAGAAUGUGGAAUCUACCCUAAAUCCUGAAAAGUUUAUAACUAAAGAAGCUGAGAAAGAAAUCAAGGCAGGUGAUUAAAUUGAAAUGUGCCCUGAUUCGAUUACCUUAACUAAAGAAAUUAUUGAGUUAGUAGAAUUAUCUCGUGGAUCUGCUUUGGUUAUUGAUUAUGGAGAAGAUCAUGCUUUUACUAAUUCAUUCAGGGGAAUUAAAGAUCACAAAGUUAUUAAAGAUUUUGAUGAAAUUGUUGAAAAUAUUGGCAAGAUAGAUUUGACCUCCUAUGUAAAUUUUGCACAAAUAAAGUAGAUAGCAUAGGCAAAUAAAAACAUGAAUGUAAAUGGGCCAAUGCCUCAAGGUCUAUUCUUAGAAUCAAUGGGUAUUAACAUGAGAAAAGAGUAAGCUAAGACCGAAUCGUCUAAGAAGUUACUAGAGGAUAGUUAUUAUAGACUAUGCCAUCCAUCUGAAAUGGGUGAAAUAUACAAAAUGCUCUACUUUGGCCAUAGAGAAGCUGGUGAUAUUUAUCCAUUUUUGGGAGAAAUUACUGAGAAGUAACAAUAAUUAUAUGGAUGA